AUGGCUUCUAAUUUAUAGUAUGUCCUUCUCAGCUAGCAGGUUAUGCAACAGCUGAAAACACAACUAGGAAUUUAGGAUAAAGAUUUAGUAGAUUAUUUUAUAGAUUAAGCAUUUGAAUCAGAUACUGAGCAAUAGUUUGCUGAAAAUAUUAAAGAUGAUGCAGAAUUAUCAGACUAAUUUAUUUCUAGUUUAUAUAAAUUGAUUAAGUCAAAGUAGAGCUUAAUUAAACCGAAAGUUGAUCUUCAAGCAUAAAAUAAAUAACUUGAGGACAAGAAAAAUAAAUUUUCUGCAGGAGAUCCAUAAAAAAUUGAUAUUGAAAUCGAAAAAGAGGAUAUCAAGCAAAAAGAAAAGGUUAAAAGAGAUGAAAAUUAUGAAAAUGAAGAUAGUGAUGAAGAAUAGAAUGAAUUAAAAAGACAAGAACUAGAAAAGAGAAAGCAAUAUGCUAAAAUUUUCCCAGCUCUUGCAUAGAGAGAUGAAAUAGAUCUGGAUUAACCUUAACCAGAGUAAAAAGUGGACAAAAAUAGUAGUAAAUUCGAUCCAAAGCCGACUAAUAUUGAUGCAAGAUAAGAAAAAGAAAAAGAGACUUCAAAUAAAGAAAUCAGUAGAAAAAAAAGUAGCAAGCAUUCAAGAAGCAGAAGCAAGUCUCAUAAAAAGGAAAAAAGUAAAAGAAGGUCUAGAAGUCGCUCAUAAGGUAAAAGUAAGAAGAAAUACUCUAGAAGUAGGUCAAAAGAAAAAAAAAAUCGCUCUUAUUCAAAAGAAAAGAAAAGUCGUCGUUCACGCUCUAAAUCUCAUGAAAAAAAGAAAAAAAGGGAUUCCCCUGAUGCAAAAAAAGAUCAUAGAAAAAAAUAUUAGAGAGAUUCGAAUUCACCACUCAGAGAGAAAAAGGGUAGAGAAAAUAGUUCUCGCAGCAGAUCAUAAGAAAAGCAAACUCGUUAGCAAUUCAAGAGAUAAGAAGUUGAAAAGGACUCAAUUUUAGAUGGAGUUGUUUCUAAAAUAAGUGAAUUUGGUUGUUUUGUAACAUUAGAAAAUGUUGGAGGGCGUAAAGAAGGUUUGGUUCACAUUAGCUAGCUUUCAAGCAAAAGAGUUGGAAAUAUUUAAGAAGUAGCGAGAAUUGGAUAAAGAGUAAAAGUAAAAGUAAUAAGUGUGAUAGGAAACAAAAUUAGUUUGAGUAUGAAAGAUGUUGAUUAAAUAACUGGUUUAGAUAAGUUUGAACAAAAAAUACGAUAUGAGGAAUCCUAAUCUCUCAAGUAUGACCCUCUUGAGUAGAAAGAAAAGAAGGCAUUUGGUGUGUUAGAUAAAGAUGAUAUUAUCAAAUCAAAUUAAAAUUCAAAGUUCGGUGCUCUAACAGGUAUUCUACUUGAAGAUAAAGAGGAAAAAAAUAAAAAGAGAAUCAGAGAAAGUUCUUAAGAAAAGUGGGAACGUAAGUAAGCAGAAUACUAUUCCAGUAAACAUUUGGGUAUUGAUAAAGGCGAAAUAGAUUUAGAUGAAGGUUGUUCAGAAGAUGAAGAUGUUGAAGUUGAAAUUCGUGAGAACGAAACUCCCUUCUUAAAAGAUACGACAACAAAGGCAGGAGUAAACUUAUCUCCUAUUAGAGUUACUAAAAACUAGAAUGGCUCUUUGAGUAGACAAGCACUUAAUGCAGUUUAACAAGCAAAAGAUAGAAGAGAAAUUCGUAUUUAGCAAAACAAUGCUUUGGUAGAUAGUAUUAACAAAUAAGAACUCUAAAAAAUGAAUUUAGAUCCUACUGCAGAAUCUAUUUUCCUUUUAAGUAAUUUAAAGAAGUUGGGAGAUGCUUAAACAUCGGAAAUUCCAGAAUUUAAAAAAGAAGCAAUGUUUAAGGCUGCUCUCAACAACUCUAACAAACCAAAAUAAACUAUGACAAUCAAGGAGUAAAAAGAAUCUCUUCCUAUCUAUUAAUAUAAGGAAUAACUUAUCAAAGCUUGCAUUAAUAAUUAAAUUCUUAUUGUUAUUGGUGAAACCGGUUCAGGAAAAACAACUUAAAUGACAUAGUAUCUCUUAGAAGCAGGCUUUUGUAAGAGUGGUAAGAAAAUUGGGUGUACCUAACCUCGUCGUGUUGCAGCUAUGAGUGUUGCUAAGCGUGUUUCUGAAGAAAUGGGUGUAGUACUUGGUGAAGAAGUAGGUUAUUCAAUACGUUUUGAAGAUUGUACAUCUGCUUCUACAGUAAUUAAAUAUAUGACUGAUGGUAUGCUUCUUCGUGAGGCCUUGCUUGACACAGAACUAAGCAACUACUCAGUUAUUAUGCUCGAUGAAGCACAUGAAAGAUAGCUAAAUACAGAUGUUCUUUUUGGUUUACUUAAGAAAGUAGCUAAGAAAAGAAAAGAUUUUCAUUUGAUUAUUACUUCCGCUACCCUUGAUGCUGCAAAAUUCUCUAAUUAUUUCUUUGAUUGCUAAGUUUUCCGUGUACCAGGUCGUACCUUCAAAGUCGAUGUCCUCUACUCUGUAGAACCUGAAUAGGAUUAUGUUGAAGCUUCUUUAAUUGUAAUCAUGCAAAUUCACUUGCAUGAACCUCCUGGCGAUAUUCUCCUUUUCUUAACAGGUCAAGAAGAAAUUGAUAAUGCAUGCUAAAUAUUAUUCUAGCGUAUGAAGAACUUAGGUCCAGAUGCACCUGAACUUAUUAUAUUACCUCUUUAUGCUGGUUUGCCUAAUGAACUAUAGAAUAGAAUUUUCCUUCCUACUCCUGAGGGAAAACGUAAAUGUAUUAUAUCAACUAAUAUUGCAGAAGCAUCUCUUACCAUCGAUGGUAUUUACUAUGUCGUAGAUCCAGGAUUUGCAAAAAUUAAAGUUUACAAUCCAAAACUUGGUAUGGAUUCCUUGAUUGUUGCACCAAUUUCAUAGGCUUCAGCGAAAUAACGUUAGGGUCGUGCAGGUCGUACAGGUCCUGGUAAAUGUUUCCGUCUUUAUACUGAAGAUGCUUUCAAAAAUGAAAUGCUCCCAACAAGUAUACCUGAAAUUCAGCGUACAAACUUAGCAAACACGGUUUUACUUUUAAAGGCAAUGGGUAUUAAUGAUUUAAUCAACUUCGAUUUUAUGGAUCCUCCUCCUAUUCAAACUUUGAUUUCUGCUUUAGAACAUCUUUACACUUUAGGUUGUUUGGAUGAUGAAGGUCUCCUUACACGUCUCGGUUUGAAAAUGGCCGAAUUUCCUUUAGAACCACCUCUCUCUAAAAUGCUUAUAACAAGUGUUGAUCUUGGAUGUUCAGAUGAAAUAGCUACUAUUAUUGCUAUGUUGUCAGUUUAAAAUGUAUUUUUCUGUCCAAAAGAUAAAAAAUAACAAGCUGACCAGCGUCGUGCUAAAUUUCAUCAUUAAGAUGGAGACCACUUAACUCUUUUGACUGUAUACGAAGCUUGGAAAUCAAACAAUUUUUCAAAUAUUUGGUGUCAUGAGAAUUUCAUAGAUUCUAGAACAAUAAAAAGAGCACAAGAUAUUCGUAAACAGUUGAUAGGUAUCAUGGACCGCUAUCAUUUACCUGUUUAAUCGUGUGGUAAAAAUUAUGCCAAAAUCCGUAAGGCUAUAUGUGCAGGCUUCUUUAAUCAUGCAGCAAAAAAAGAUCGUAACGAAGGAUACAAAACUAUCAUAGAUAAUCAUACUGUUAACAUACAUCCUACAUCUGCACUUUUUUAGAAGCAGCCGGAUUGGGUAGUUUAUCACGAAUUAGUUUUGACAACUAAAGAAUAUAUGAGAAAUAUUUCCACAAUAGAACCAAAGUGGCUUGUUGAAGUUGCACCGAAUUUCUUUUAAAACGUAAACCCUCAUGUAUUAUCAAAAGCUAAAAAGGCUGAAAAGCUUGAAUCACUCUCAACUAAAAGUGGUGAUAACGAAGCUUGGCGUCUGUCUAAAAGAAGAGGAAAUGGUUGA